GGUGAAGGGGGGAGUUGCAGUUCGUCUUCAGCUGUGUUUACCGCGCGGCUGCGAAGGGAGAAGACAAGGAACAGACGGACCUCACGCUAUCAACAUACACGUCAAAUAUCUACUUCUCUUUAAGCUUCUUUAUGGCAGUAGUAUGUGAUUUGCGGCGGAAAAUUCGUCGGAGAACGGCCCACAAUGGGAAACCAAGAGGCAUUUGCACAUAGAGGAACCGUAAGGAAUUACACCGUGGGCCCUAAGAAAAUGCCUCAUUUUUGGACGUUUGUUUUCUUCAUCUUCUCCCUCCUAUGUGAUGGGUUCUUUGCGCAAGACGAAAAUCGCGUGGUGUUCUCCUUCGGAACCUUCCAGAACGUGAGUGUCCCUGAGAACGGGACGGUGCAAGCGGUGGUGUCCAGGAUCCCCGUCGACGUCUCCUUCAUCACGCUGCAGUUCCACACGCAGCACCGCAACGCUACGCUGUCCUACACCAGGGUUCCCUUGCCAGGAUUCUCCACCACCGCUGCUGAUACAGGCCUGCUGUCCCCGCUCACGCCCAUGCAGUCCUCGCUGUCCUGGUUCCUGCUCUCGCCCGACGGAGACACGGUGGCCGGGACCGGCGUCAUCCUCCCCUACAGGAGCGGAGACCCUGUGCCUGGAGCCUGUAACAUGGAAUUUGCCCUGGACAUUGACCCAAACGUCUAUGUGCGCUACAACCUCUUUGAGACCAUCGUCACUUUCGCUCCAGCAAAUGUUGGAUAUGAUCGAGGGUCCAGUCCACCUGAGUGUGACGUGUCCACGGGAGCAGGGACGCGCUGGCGCCUGGUGUACGACAUCUACCAGUACUUCCUCCCAGAGAGCGACCUCUCGGAGCAGAGCCUCAUUGUGAGCCUGGAGCGCGUGGCCAACGUCCCCAGCCUCAGGGAGCAUGGGAAAAAGGUUGCUUCUCUUACCUCCAACGACAAAACCGCCAUGUCCUUCUCCUCUAUCCCGGGUCAAGGGGUCAUCUACUCGGUCAUCGUGAGGGACCCUGUAAACAACACCUCAGCCUCCUACAUUCCAGCACACACGUACGCCUGCAGCUUUGCCUCCAAACUAGACGACUGCAAAACUUUAGGGAAAAUAUCGACCAAAGUGUUCUUCACCUUUGCCGGCAUGGCAGGACUUUUUGUCUGCUUUUUUGGCCACCGUUUCUUCAAGUGUGAGCUGUUCUGCAUGGGGUUCGCCUUUUCUGCUUUCUUCUUCUUCGUCCUCAUCACUCGGACCACCACACUGGACUAUGACAUUCGCCUGGCCCUGGCGGCCCUGAUUGGCACGGUGGGCGGUGUGUUCCUGGUGAUGUGCUGGUGGCGCUUCGGCUCCGUGAUGGCCUGUGUCAUGGUGGUGGGACUCCUCCUGGGCUUCCUGCUGGCCUCCACCAUUUUCUUCACUCCGCUGGGUGACCUGGAGGUGUUCCGCUCUGAUGUGGUCUUCUGGGUGACGUUCGGCUGCAUCGUGGUCAUAGUGCCCAUCCUCUUUGUGCGCUGGCCAAGAGAGGGUAAUAUCGUCACGUGUGGGGUGGCGGGCGGCUACGCCGUGGUGCUGGCCGUUAACGCCUACAUCUACACCAGCCUGUCCUACAUCACCCUGGACAUCCUGAAGCGCUUCCUCAACAACAACUUCAGCCGAGCCUUCGUCUCCGUGCCCUUCCAAGACAUCGACUUCAUCCUGCUGACGGUGUGGGUGGUGCUGGGGGCGUCGGGCGUCGUGCUGCAGCUGUACCGCGAGCGCAGCCGGCCCUUCUUCCCGCCCAGCCCGUACCUGAUGUGGCGGCAGGAGCGCGAGCGCCGCAAGACCAACGUGCUGGACCCCAGCCACCACACGCCCUCCUUCCCCGCCCGCUUCCUGUCCCGCGUCCGCCAGCUCACCUGCCGCCCCGAGCCGGCCGGAGAGCGCACGCCGCUCCUGCUGUGACGAGCGCCGGUGUGGGGAUAAAAAAACACGUCUGCGUUGUAGCAGCCUGUCCAGUCGUCGGCCCCCUCCAGUCUCUCCUCCACUAGCCUCGGGGCCCUGCUGAUGCUGCCCCUGUUUCAGUCCGCAGAGGUCCGAACCAGCCCCUCGGCUCUGGGAAAUAUGGGCCACGUUCAAGAUGGUGCUGAUAGUCCGUCUCCUUCUGUGUAGAGAAAGGGAUGAAGAUGAGGACCCAUGUUUGUACCGCAGAAUCUGCUCCAGACAAACUUGUACCCGGCCCCGUGUGUUCCUGUGUCACAGGCCACAGACAAGACUCAGAGUGGAAGAAAAACCUCAACAACAACAAGUCGGCAGGAAGUCACAGGCCAUUCCUGUGUGCGCUGGAACUUUCGUUUUGACAGUGCGUCGUCGUGUGCUGUGCCGCGUUGGGUUGUCACAACCGAGGUCUGUCCUUCGAGCGGUGCCAAGUUUCGCUGCGCCUCAGCUUGGGUUUCUGGUGCUCUGCCUACUCUGUCUUUUGUACAGGCCUCCAGGGUCAUCUUGCAGUCAGCCAUCAAAUCUGCCUAGGCAGCAGAGUUUGAUCUGAGGGCAGCCCUGACAAAAAGCCUGUGCGUCUGCUCUGUUUUAGCGCCAUCUAGUGGACACUGCCAUGAAACACUUCAUCUUGGCACUAGUGCUGGCAUUGCAACAUGAAGCCACUAGUCCACCAUGACUCCAGUUAUUGGGAAUAGGAGGAGGCAUUUUGACACUCUGUCAAUCUUAGAACUCGGACUAAUUAUCUAGCUGGUAAUUAAUUAACAUGUACCCUCAGAGUUUUAAAAAGUGCUGUGUGUAUCUGGGGCCCUUCUCUGCCAAAGACGACGGUUGGUUUUGAAUUGACAGUACCUUACUUUUUUUAACUAGAUGUGGUGAGAGUGAAAUGAAAGUCUUGUUAACCAAAACUCCAUAGCCACAUCACACAGGAUGUGUGUGUAUAUAUGGCAGGAGCCAGUGUACGUUUAAGAGAAUGUGAGGUGAUUAGGUAGUGAAGGCAUCAUUAAUGCAAAAACUAGCCAUCAGUAUGUACAUGAACACGUACAUUCAUCAUGGUACAACAAUAGUGAUCAGUGUAGCAUAAGCAAAACUUCAAAAAGGGUUUCACUUUCUAACAGAUGAUCACUUGAAAUCACAGAAAAAGCCUAGGCUUUUGAAUUGAGGUUGUUUUAGUGAAAGGUCAGUAUGUUUCUAGUUCACAUCACUACUAUGCCUAAUUUUGUUUCAUGAUGUGAGGCUUUGAAGGGUCAAAGUUUUCCCCUGUGUGGCACUGUUCAAUUGCAAUUCACCAUGUCCACUGUGACUACCAGUUCUAAUGUGUCAAGCACAGGCAUUUGACAAAUAUUUUUUAAAACGUCUGGUGUGAUUUUUAAUGUUCUGCAGAUCCACUUUUUUAAAGCAUCAUGUUUUUACAAGGCCUUGUGCGCACUAUAAAGUGCCGUUAUUUUGAUGAUCGUCAUGAAUUCUUCUCUCUAGUCUAACAGUAUUUUCAAACCAGUAGAGCAAAUCCACAAUGUUAACCUUUUCAAGGUCUUCAGUAACUCUCAGUAACUUCAGUCCUCUUGAGGAAGUGUGGUGCACUAGACUUGUGGUGUAAUCAAAACCCCUGAUUUCAGUCUAUAGAUCGUCAUCAAGAUCGUUUGCCCUGUGGAGAGGGAGAAACAUGUUAUUACUACAAUACUGAAAUCACGCCUGCAAGGUUGUUGCUGCUGGGACUUGAUCUAUACUCCUUUAGCACUAAUGUGUGUAAAUGUGCUACUCAGGGAUGUGGCCUUCGCUCUCCUCUCUAACGCCUUUAAACAGAGAUGUGCUGUCCGGCACAGCUGGACUUUUCUCCCAACAGGAUGUGCCACUAUGUUUGUGUAACUUGCCACCAGCUCAGGCGUGAAGCCACCUAGUUAUCUUCAUCAGUCCAAAAAGGAGCUGUAGUCCUGAGUCAUAGUACACUGCACCCCACCUACACAGGAACAAUUCAGCGUGUAUGUUGCAUCACGUAAGCCUGCGUACAGUCAUACAGUGGUGCGUUUAGUAAAUGUUGCACUUUUUAGAACUUUCAUGACAAAAAAAAAUUGUGAAAAGUAGCAACUCCUUCCCACUUUUUGAAAGGGGCUCCUUAGCUCAAAAGUGCCUUUAACCCCUCUUUCAGUGUUUCCUCACAGUUUGUGUUCACUAUUCGUUUGUGCCCCUUAACUUAAUAAUUUACCACUUAUAUUGUUUCUUUGCACCUAAAUAGAUUCUGACAGAGUCUUUAAAGGCAUUUCCUGUACGUCAAGCAGUUCUCCGAGUCCCAUUCAAAACAUAACAUUUUUAAUGAAGUGUUUUACUUCUUUGUGUCUUUGUAACUUAGCCAUUUUACAGUGUUUUUCAAUAAAGGUGUAACUGUUUUCUGUA